AGUUCUAUUAGACCUUGCUAGUGUUUAAAAGUUAAUUUCAUGCUGCCUGCUGCUAUGCCAUUGAUAGUUCAUUUUCACUGGGAUCUGAAGGGUAUGUAUAAUUCACAACCUUUAGGCUGUUGUUUCAGAUUCCAUUUUUGGAUACCUAGUGUUUUGGCCUAAUGUGUUUGUGUAAAAAGACUUCUUAUCCCCAGGUUUCCUUGACUCCUGCUCUCAGAUAUUUAUCCCAAUAUUAUUGCAAUGGGGUUUCCCGCUGAAAGGCUUGAAGGUGUGUACAGGAACAAUAUAGACGACGUAGUACGGUUUCUUGAUUCAAAACAUAAAAACCAUUACAAGAUAUAUAAUCUAUGUGCAGAGAGACAUUAUGAUGCUGCCAAAUUUAACUGCAGAGUUGCACAGUAUCCCUUUGAAGACCACAAUCCACCCCAGCUAGAGCUUAUUAAACCUUUCUGUGAAGAUCUUGACCAAUGGCUGAGUGAAGAUGACAAUCAUGUUGCAGCGAUUCACUGUAAAGCUGGAAAGGGACGAACAGGAGUAAUGAUAUGUGCUUAUUUGCUACACCGAGGUAAAUUCCUAAAAGCACAAGAAGCUCUAGACUUCUACGGUGAAGUGAGGACCAGAGACAAGAAGGGAGUAACAAUUCCCAGUCAGAGGCGCUACGUCUAUUACUAUAGCUACCUGUUGAAAAACCAGUUGGAGUACAAACCAGUGGCGUUGCUGUUUCACAAAAUGGUGUUUGAGACUGUUCCAAUGUUCAGUGGAGGAACAUGUAGGGAUACUGCAGUUAAAAACAAGACUGAGCAGAUUCCACAUGGUUUCAGAAAAGGGAAUUGGCACUGGGAUCCCCAGUUUGUGGUUUAUCAGCUCAAAGUUAAGAUCCACACCUCCAACCCAGCGCACACGAGGCGAGAAGACAAAUACAUGUUCUUUGAGUUUCCACAGCCUCUGCCAGUGUGUGGUGACAUCAAAGUGGAGUUUUUCCACAAACAAAACAAGAUGAUGAAAAAGGAUAAAAUGUUCCACUUCUGGAUCAACACCUUCUUCAUACCUGGACCAGAAGAAAAUCUGGAGAAGGUUGAAAAUGGAAGCUUAGUAGGAGUCAAAGAACUUGAUGGAAUUCAAAGUACAGAGCGUGGAGACAACGACAAGGAUUAUCUAAUCCUGACAUUAACAAAGAAUGAUCUGGACAAAGCAAAUAAAGACAAAGCCAACAAAAACUUCUCUCCAAAUUUCAAGGUGAAGCUGUAUUUUACGAAAACCGUGGAGGAGCCAUCAAAUUCAGAGGCCAGCACUUCAACUUCAGUAACCCCGGACGUUAGUGACAAUGAACCCGAUCACUAUAGAUACUCUGACACCACUGACUCUGACCCUGAAAAUGAACCUUUUGAUGAAGAGCAACAUACACAGAUAACAAAAGUCUGAAAUAUUUUUAUGGGAAGAAAAAAUGAGAAAAAAAGGAGAAAACUUGAAUAUAAACUGAAAAGCAAGUACCUUUUUUCAAAUGGCAAUAGGACAUUGUGUCAAGUAAAAUGCUACCAAUUAUAGGAACAAUUUUUUUUUCCUGACCAAUUUUGUUUUGCCCCAUACAUCCGCAAGGGUUUGACACCGUUGUCCAGUGGAAAAAAGGUUCAGUAGCUAUGUUGUGUAUAUACCUUUUUGUGUCAAAGAGACAAUGGAAAAAGUAACACAAUCAGGAGAUAAAAGACAGCACUUUCCCAUUUAAUUCCAGUUUUAAGGUGGAGACAGAUCCGGUGUUUAAUUGUAGAAUGGUCCUUCCCUUCGUGUUCCAUCACCAACUGUAGGUGCUAAAUGCAAACAAAAAGGGUCCGUAUGCUACCCCUUUCAUUCCCGCGACAAAUAAAAAGACCAGAUUGCAGUUGGCUAAAACAGUUACUGAAACGGUUUGCCUGCAUUUUAACAGAAGCAGUAUGGGUAAGGGAUGGAAAGAGCACUUAUGAUGAGAGGAAGACAGACCAGGCUGGUUCAUGCACCAUCUCCCAGCUUAUUGAAAUGCACCUUUCCAGCUUGCAAACAUUAAUAAUCCUUGGAUGUUUAUGGAAUCAGCUGCUACUGCUGCUUGUGUUUUGUGCUUUUCUUUUUUUUUUUAAAGCAUAAUGGUGCUAGAAAAGGCAGCUAGAGGGAGCGAUUCUUUUGAAUUGGGACAAGAUAGAACCUUCCACAGAAUAUUAAUGGCCCUUGAAUGAAGGGAUUUAAUGCUUUGGGGUCAUACAAAAUAAACAUCUAGUACUUAACCAUAGAAAUGUGAUUGCUGUUAUAGCAGUAAAAAGUGGGGGGAGAAAUUAGUGAAGAUUUUUUAAAAUUGAACUUUUCUGCUCCAUUUUCAAACAAGGCCAGUGCUUUUGUCACUCCCCCCCUGUCCUAGCCAGAGCUGCCCCCCACACACCUCCACUUUUACCUACUGUGAAUGUUUUGCGUGCUGUUUGCAGGCUAUCUCCCGUAAUCUGUAAUUAUUGUGCAGUGGAAACUGCAUGUUAGAAUUCUACAGUCGAUAUCAAUACUUUAAAUAGGCUUUGUGACAUCUUAAGCAUUUUCCAUUCCUUCUACCACUGUGUAUUCUGUUAAAGGUAUGCAGAGAACAGUAUCCCAUGUAAUUGUCAAUGUUUUUUUUAAGGUUAAAUCUAAUAUACAAAACAGCAGGGAAAUCAGUGUUGCAAUAAUGUAAACACUAUUCAUUUAAAAGGCAAACAGAUGUGCAUGUUAUUGGAUUUGUGUCCAUGUCCUUUAAAUAAAUGGUAUACAUUCUUUUUCUAAGCAGUUUCCAAUGUCAUUUAAACUCAGAUUGUAUUUUGCCAGGAAAUACUUCACAAAUAGCAUUAAACAGUUCCAUGGUUUCUGCAGGUUUGAUAAAUUAAUAGGAACAAGUACAGGUGAAUUCCAAUAUGAAAAGGAGAAAAGAGAAUCAAAUAUUUUAGCUAAGGAGUUGCCUUCAGGUGUCAUACCUGAAGAACGCUAUACAGCCAACAUGGUUUUGCCUUUUUUGUUUUUCAGCGUGGAAUUAACCACUACUUACUUCUUUGCAGCUCCCCUCUUGAACCUGAUUAAAUGUGUAAUGCAGUCCAUUUCCACAUUUCCUACUGGGUUUAUGGUAAAAAUAAAAUGCGUUAAGUGUUCAUUGUAGAGGAUUACCUUUUUGAGGGUUUGACUGUACAAAAGCUCUUAACGGUUUACAUUACAAGUAGAUGACUACUUAAAUCUCAGCUUAACCUUGGAGCUAUUUAGGUUCUUUUGUGAGACAUCAGAUCUUUGGCUCCCAAGUGCAACUUUUGUUUGUAGCCUUAUUGUGUCAGGUCUCACUAGAUCUAGAUCAUUUGUAUAUCCAACAAUGGUGCUUACAAACUGCCAAACAGCAAAUAUUAAAUAUACAAUAACAAGGAGCCAGAAAUCUGUGUCUGACAUGGUGCAAGCAGUAGUAAUGACAUGCACUAUUGUGUAUGUGUGUGAAAACUAUUUGUAGACCCUGCAACAAUGUGCCCCUUGCUCGUUUCUACAGCUUUCUGCAAUAGGUGUCCCUGACUGGCUUUUUAUUUAAACCUGUUUAAUUCCAUUUGGAAUGGGGGAAUAGUGCAGCUCAAGAUUUUUUUAAUGAAAGUCUCAAGCUUGCUUCAGAAAUAAAAAUAUAGAAGCCCUAUAUAUAUGAGAAUAUUUAUAUAUAUAAUUAAGUUUUGUUUAAGCAUGCCAAAUUAUGUCCUAACUCCUGGCUUGUUGGAGUGUCACAAGCCAGACCAAAAACUUCUCAGUUUCUUGGGCAGGAAUAUUCACUGAGGGUAGAGAUGUAAGCUGCCUUCAUUGUACUGUUUGACGUUAAGGCUCCACCCUUAUCAUAAACCUACUGCACAUGCCGUUUAACUCGCCUUUAUAUAUAAAGAAUAUAUUCCCUAGGUAUCAAAGGAAGGUUUUAUUUUUUUUAAGAGCAAAUAAACUUGUUGACCCAGUUAACACUUUUUUUAAUAAGCAUUUUACAUUUUCUGAUUGUUCGUGCACAUCUUAUCACAUCACUGAAAACCUGCCAAAAGUAAGCUUAUUGUCCUUCCUAAUUUUAAUAGUUAUUUUUUUGGAGAGGUGGGCACCUAUGGGAGGUAUUCUUUGCCUUACUUGAAGAUGACAAUGCUUACACUGCUACUGCUUUGGAAAAUCUACCUUUCUGCCCAAGCACUGACUAGAUAGUAUACAGUAAGUACAUUAUUUAAAGCUGCAUUAAAGAGCGAUCUAUUGUACUAGACUUUUGCACUGUUACAGGUUUUUGCAGGGUUUCAGUCAGUGGUCCAUAAUUGUUUUUUUUUUUCUUCCAGAAACGCCUUGCAAGCAGUUUAGGAUGUUGUUAGAGGUGGAAUAAAAUGGCAUUAGUGUACCUUAAUCUUGUAUUCACCCCCACCACCCCCCCCACCCAUAGAACCAACCGUGUUACUUUGACUGAAAAUGUCCUGACUUUUUUUUUUAAAGAAAAUUUAAAAAACUAAAAAAUUAUUUAUGACAGUAUUCAUAAGUAUUCUGGUGAAGACACUCUGCAGGUAUUCUUUGUCCCUUGACUUUCUGGACCCCUUAUGCUUAUUUCUUUAGAUGUUCAGCGCUUAAAUGUAUGAAACUAUUCAAGGGCAUCACUGUUAUAGAGCUUACUGUUAGGCCCCAGGCCAUCCCUAAACAUCUGUAGCCCCAUUUUGGAAAGAUUUGCCACAGUACCUUAAGUCAGAAAAAUCAAACUCCCAGGCAGCCUUUGAGGUCUUUAACUGUGGCACAGGUUAUAAAACUUGGGUGGAGUUCACAGGCAGCAUCAAAAUUAAGUUUCAGCUUUAAAAUUUUCAUAAAGGUGCCAGUGUGCAAGUUUUCAUGUCACUAGUUUCUAGCAGAUUUGUGCAAUAUGUUUUAACAAUGCCUGUGGUUGCCACAAAGUGCCUCUUGUUUACUGUUAAAAAAUACUUGCUAAAUACUGUUAAAAUACAUUUGUCAUGCGUGCAGAUGGAAGGGGUGGGACUGUGCACUAAAUUAAAGGGGCUUAACCUGCAGUGUUGGAUAGAGCUGCCUAUUGCUCUGUCCAUUCCGUUCUGGACUUCAUUUUAUGUAGAGUAUGUAUACUCAGUAUAUUUUCAGUCUGUAAAACAGCCUUAUUCCAUUUCAGCCUGUUCAGAUACUAUUGUGCUGUGCAAGAGUUGCUCUGUGUGUAAUGCUAUGCACUGAGAAUACACAAACAACAAUGUAUGAAAAUGUACAGGUUAUAAUGCUCAUACAAAUCCGAUGUCCGUUUGUUAUUGUAUGUUUAACUACCCUUUAUCUUAGUGUUAUAAACUCCACUUAAAACCAAUUAAAAGUCUCAUUCUUGUCA